AUGGAGGUCGAAUCUGAAGAAUUAUUCGAAUCAUUUUUUUAUUAUUCAAAAUCGGAGAAAAUUCAACAAGUAAUUUUACACGAAAAUCAAUUAUCACCACUCGGAUCAGAUGUUAUGCAAUUAAUUCUUUCCUUUCUGCAACCGAUUCCUUUCUUAUUUCAACUAAAACGAGUUUCGUCUAAUUGGAAUAAGUUAUGCGAAAGUUGCAUGAAAGAAAGUUGUACAGAAUUAUAUUGGGAUGAAAAAACAGCAAGUUCUCUACUUGGAAAUCUAAAGAAACAUGCAAAAAAGUUGUGGCAAUUUCCAGAAUUUUAUGAAGAUGAAAAUUUAUUAACAAAUUCAAAAUCUGAAUCAGAAAGUACUUUUGAAUUUGUAAAGAAUUCAAUAAUGCUGCCAUUUAAAAGUGGAAAUUCAAUUGAAUACAUGAUGUUUGGAUUGUUUAGGAGUGUAUUAUUCAAAUUUGGCAAGUUGAGCUCACUAAUUUUACAUAAUGUUAAGGUGAAUGCUGGAUUGCUUUAUUUAUUAUUUGUGGAAUGGGGAAAGGAGUUGGAACGAAUCAAAUUCAUUAAUUGUAUUGUUGAUUUUGGUUUGCCGAAACAAAUUACUUGUCAAGAUGAUGUCAAUUCCCAUAAUAGUUAUUGGCUUGUUUCAGAUUUGAAUCAAAUACAGAGCUUGAAAUUUGAGAUUCCAAGUCAAUUACCUGAUCUUACAAUUCAAAAAAGUCUUUUAAUUGAAAAUUUGAAGAAAGCCAAGAUGAAAGAUAUCUCAUUUAGCAAUUGUUCAAUUGAUAGAUCACUUGUUUUGAAUCAUACGCAUGCUUCUCACUUUUCUCUGGAAUUAAUGUGCUUUUUUUCAUCAAUUGGAAGUUUGGAAACUGCUUAUUAUGAUUGUUUUGAAUUUAAUGAAACUUUUGAUCAAGACAGGACCUUCUUUAAAAAGCUUGUGCCAAAUGUCAAGUUUAAUAUUCCAUUCUUCCUUGCAGUUAAGCAACUGUUGGACAUUUUACCAUUUGAAAAAGUUGUAGAAUAUUUCAAAUUUGACAUGGAACGUAAUUAUUCGUUAGUGAAGAAUAGAAUGAAUGCUUAUCAAAAGAGAAAAAUACGAAAUAAGGAAGAAUUAAUCAAUUUUUACUAUGAAGUUUUUCCCUCAUUUGCAUCAUUCCAUGUUAGGUGCUCUCCUUUUAUAUUUGAUUUAUAUUACAAAGAUUAUAGAGGAUUCAACAUGCUUCAAUCGAUAUUGUCUUCUAUUUAUUUUAGUAGAAAACAUCAAACUCAUCUGCUUGAUUUCAUUUUUGAUUAUUUUUCUUUUUACAAUGAAGAUACAAACUCUGUAAAAGAAAGUACUGAGAUUUUAAAUGAAUUAUUUGCAUCAAAUAAUCGAGUGGACGGGAGAAAUUCGACCUUUAUUGUAAUUUCAUAUGAACUGACAUUCAUGUUUGAAAAGAUGGUUAAACAUAAAGUUCAUUUCAAUGCCAAAGAUAGAGAAGGAUCAACCAUAGCUCAUUAUCUAGCUCAGGUAGGAAAUGGUUCAACAUUACAAAAAUUAAUUGAGAUAUUGGACAAACUACCAACUGUGGAAGAGAGGAAAUACUUUUUAGAUUUAAACAUUCCCAAUAAUCAAGGACAAACUGCAGCUAUGAUUUGUUACAAUGAGAAGAAAUUUGAAUUAUUGGAAUAUUUGAUGCAAAUUGCUCCAAGAUAUGGAAUUCUUGCUGCAAAUGGCAUGCCAUUACAAAAAGAUAAUGUUUCAGUACUGGAACAACAGUCUUGCUCUUUAAUGUAA